AUGGAAUCAAUCGAAUACAUUCACAAAAAAGUAAAAUCCUAUAUAGGGCAUUUUAAAAGGAAUUGUAAUUCUUGUUAUGAUGGAAAACCAGGUCAUUGAAAGGUUUUUUAUUAGAAUUAACUGGAUGACUUCCUUGUUUGGGCUCAAUGAAAUUGAUAAACUGUCAACACCAAUAAAUGUAGAAAAUGAGCUUGGAAACGCCUUAAGGAAUAUUUAUGAAAAACCUAUUUCAAGAUAUAAUGGAGAAACGUUCAAAAUUGUAGUAGAAACACAUAAAGAAGAAGCUGCAGAUGUAGAAGAGCUCAUGUCUAACACAAUGUGGGAUGUGGUCACUUUGGAAUGCCACGAACCGCUUUCUCAGCAUACUGCAAAAGUGGAAAAUCUAAUUGAGCUGUCUUGGGGUCAUGAGUCAAUUUCUCAGUCUGGGUAA